GCACGACCGUCGGCCUGACGUUGACCAUUGCCGUUCUCUAGGAAGUUUCGAGAACGUAGCGCGCUGCACAGGCGGCAAUAUCGGCAGGCGACGUGGGCGCACGGGGUUCAGUCUUCUUCAGUCGUUCAGUUCGGUACGUGAAACGUUGCGACGCGGACGCGGGGACGGAACGAGGCUCGUGCGAAACGUGCGCGGUCAUCCUUGGCGACACUCGCCUCGUCGCUUUUACGUUAGCAGCAGGAGCGUUUUUAACAUAACACGAACUUCUUAACACGUGAAAAUGGUUAAGGAGACUACAUUUUAUGACGUACUGGGCGUGAAGCCUGGAUGCUCGCAGGAAGAUUUGAAGAAGGCCUAUAGAAAGCUGGCUCUGAAAUAUCAUCCCGAUAAGAAUCCUAAUGAAGGAGAAAAGGUUUUCUUUAAGCAAAUUUCUCAAGCGUAUGAGGUAUUGUCGAAUCCUGAGAAGAAGCGUAUCUACGAUCAAGGUGGGGAGCAAGCUUUGAAAGAAGGCGGUAUGGGUGGUAGCGGCUUCUCUUCUCCUAUGGACAUCUUCGAUAUGUUCUUUGGCGGGGGAUUUGGCGGACGAGGAGGUAGGAGGAGAGAUCGCCGAGGUCAGGAUGUCAUGCAUCAGUUAUCAGUUUCUCUCGAGGAACUUUACAAGGGAACUGUUCGUAAACUCGCUCUGCAAAAGAAUGUCAUCUGCGAAAAAUGCGAAGGUAUCGGUGGAAAGAAAGGUUCCGUUGAGCAAUGUUCGACUUGUCAUGGCUCUGGCUUACAAGUACAAAUCCAGCAAUUAGGUCCGGGAAUGUUGCAACACUUACAAACCAUGUGUACAGAGUGUAAGGGACAGGGAGAGCGUAUCAAUCCCCGUGAUCGUUGCAAGUACUGCAACGGAAGAAAGACUACUAGAGAUAGAAAGAUACUUGAGGUUCACGUUGAUCCGGGGAUGGUCGAUGGUCAGAAGAUAAUUUUCAGCGGCGAGGGUGAUCAGGAACCAGACUUGGAACCUGGCGAUAUAGUUAUUAUUCUCGAAGAGAAAGAUCAUGAAGUAUUCAAGCGUUCGAGGAACGAUCUGAUCAUGCGAAUGCAACUAGAACUUGUAGAGGCAUUAUGUGGAUUCCAGAAAGUGAUUCGCACUUUGGAUGGUAGAGAUUUAGUGAUAACCUCACUUCCCGGCACCGUGACAAAACACGGUGACCUGAAAUGCAUCUUGAACGAGGGCAUGCCGAUUUACAAGGAUCCGUUUACACACGGCAGACUUAUAAUACAAUUUAUAGUCAAUUUCCCGAAGAGCAUAGAACCAUCGCUUAUCCCGGCAUUGGAGCAGUGUCUGCCACCGAGAGAAGAGGUUAUAAUUCCAGACGGUGCCGAGGAGUGUUUACUUACUGACUUAGAUCCUGAGCAGGAGCAAAGGCGGAGAGACACGAGACAAGCGUAUGAAGAGGACGAGGGGGGUCCGUCGCGAGUCCAAUGUGCCACACAUUAAUUUGAUUACACUAACCCUGUAAUAAACAUAGCCGUUUCUUUCAUUUCGAACUCUCUGUCCCAUUCGCUCGAUUCUGUAUCGUGCCCAAGAAACAACAUGGAUAUAUAUAGGCAAAUUGUUCAAUGAGUGAAAAAGAAGUUGAAAUAAUUCGACUGUUUGGAUACGCAAAACAGUGAGUACUGUAGUUAUUGAUUCUUUAACUUUAUUAAUUUUUACGCGGAAUAUCAUACGAUCUUGAAAGUAGAUAAUCGUUACCACCUAGCGAAAAGCAUAUCUCUUUCCCGAUGAAGGAUCUUAUUAAAGUGCAUCUUACUGAGAUACUUAUAAAUAAGAUGCUUUAUUAGAAUUUUAGUUUGUCUAUGUAACUAUGUUGUUUCUUUCGAUAGAGGAUCACUAAAAAUGUGUACUUAUCAUUACACAAUGAUAAGAAAAUUUAAAUUUAUUUAGAUUUAACGUAAAGUUCCGACGCCAGACGUUACAGCAUAAUGAAAGGCAUCAUGUAUUCUCGAACAUCGCGAUUGUCUCUGAUGUUUGACCACGUGUAUCGCUCCAAUAACCAGCUAGCAGCUCGACAGUAAAUACUACAUGGCUAAAAAUAGAGUUAAAAUUCAUAUAUGUUUAUUUAGUUCAAUUAUGUGAAUUAUCCGUAUACGAUUACUUCCUUCAGAUAUUAAUAGCAGCAAACUUGUUUACUCAGGAUUUUUAAGCCUGAAAAUUGUCUUUUACAGUUUUCUAGAACUUGAAAUAAUCUCGGGAUGUGUCAAUCAAUGUGGAAACGGUAUAAACUACGCUUGGUUAAAGCCUUAAUGUAACGUUAUCAAUCGUAUUAGAGAUCUUGAAACUUUUCAAAGUGGGACAUUAUUCCAUAUUCGUAGUAUUUAAUUUUUUCCAGUCGCUUUUGUAUACUGGCGUGUGACGAUGAUAACGGAAACACAAUUUUGUUUGCAAAUGAUGCAAAUAAAACGGGGAAUCAGGUUCCUGUAUGUGUGUGUGUGGACGAUUGCGCGUAUUCAUAAGCAGCUUCUGUGCAAUGAUACUGUGUCGGAUCUAAUAAUUUCCCUUCUUUACAUUCGCCAAUGCUGAUAUUUUAUUACAUAUUUUAGUAAAAUCAAUGGUUGUCAAUUUAGUGAUUUCCUUCCUGUGGAAACUUAUGCAAACAAAUAAACAAAAAAUGAUCUUUUCUUAAUAGAUAUAUUUCUACAAGUUUAUUGGGUCAUUUUCACCGUUUAUCUUCAUCAACGCGCAUGAACAAAUGCUCUAGAUAAUUCAUAGAUUCUGUACUAUAUUAAAUUAAUAUACUUUCAAUACACAUUCACAUAAUUUACUGUAUACAUGGUCGUGUACUCGUCCGCAGUUACUAUAGCGAAUUUUAAUAAAUAGCCAACAUGUCUUGUAAUCUUAUUUAUUAUAGGAAAAAUUGGUGAUUGAUUAGGUACUUUUUUUGAGCGUCUCAAAUAAAUUUGGAACUGUAAAAUGAGA